GGGGCUUGCACGUGACGAUCUGCAAGCGACGACUAGCUCCGCGCUAACGUCUCUGGCCUGUUCAUCUCGUCGUGGCAUUUGUACCACAAGGUCAAACGAACGUCACCCACCACUCCCUUUGCAGAUUUAGUUGCGUACUUUCCCGACGUACGUGUUUGAUGACUGUGGCUGGAAAUGGUGCGCCAGCCUUGGGUGACGCAGAGGAUGCUUUUAUGCCGAGACCGGCCAACUCUAUGGUGAUGGAUGGGCUAUCCAGCUCCAAAGUCACGGUCGAGUAUCAUGACCCAUCGGGAGUGUUUUCUUUGAUCAAAGACGACUUGGCUUCUCGAUUACCACUCCGGAAUCUGCAUUGGAAAUCGCCUACACGGCCUUUACGAUCGAUUGAUUCACUCCAUGUCGAUCUUGUACCCAGCAAAGAGACAGUUUCCAUCGCUGAGGUAAACUCAACAACAUCAGCUCUUCCUCAAGGAGAUCAGGAACCACCAAAUCGAACGACCGAAGAAGCGUCCAAGGCCCCUGUCAAGGAGAAAGAGAGACGACAUCAGAUCCCAGGCCUUCGGCAAACCCCCUACCUAAAGAUUUUUCUGUUGCGUUGCGAUGAUUCGGAUACUUACAAGGGAACCGCGCGCAAGCAGUUGCGAGAAUGGAUGAAAGACCAUACACCGCCAUCCCAAAGUAGCUCGUCGAUCACACAGGAUCACCACGAUGCCUACGAAUGGAUGAUCAUUCAUGUUGUGAUACCUAAUACACCGGCCGCAAGUCAACCUCGAGGGUCUGCUAGUAGUACAACAGGUGAGAAGGAGAAGGGUACCUCUGCCUCACGAUGGACUCGCGGAACGACGACAAUUCUCGAAAAGAUCCGUGCGGACUUCAACAUUGUGUCAAAGACUGCGCCAGAUCGCGUUGCACAAGUGCGCCUGCCUGUAGAAAAAGUACCGCCACAAAUGCUACCACCAGCGGCGCCUGUCACUUCACCACCUAUUGCAGAAAGCCCUCAGGAACAGGAACGAGCGUGGGUAGAUGUUUUGAUCAAGUUCAAGCUUCUGAUACUUCUCACGUUUGACCUACGUGUAACUCAGUACGAGGAAGACAUUCGGAAGAACGAUGCGCAACGCUCGUUUCCUGGCUGGAACUUCAACACGUUUUUCAUUCUCAAAGAGGGACUCGCAAGAGGUUUCGAGAGUGUAGGCUUGGUCGAGGAUGCAUUACUUGGGUAUGACGAGCUCUCAGUCGGCUUGGAUACGGUAAUCCGCGAUCAGGCAAACGGUGGCAGCGACACUCAAGGAGGCGUUAUGCUCAAACACUCCGAGGAUCUAUACGAGAAAGCGAUAGAGAUAAUGCAGCAGUCACAAAAGGACGAGGAGAGUCGCAACGAGUCUCAGCCACAGUUUCAUGACGAGACACCAGUCAACGCGCAAAAGAAGGAUUAUCGAGGGUUGAUACUCGCCAACAACAUCUCUAUUUUGGACUUCAAGGUGUACAUCUUCGCGCGUCAGAUGUCGCUGCUGCUUAGGUUGGGUAACUCGCAUUUGACUAGAUCGGACAUUGCGGCCAGUCUGCAACAACGACAAAAUGCCGGUGUGCUACAGCGAUCUGUGGAGGACAGUUCUGUCGGAACGAAGUCUGAUCUUCAUCUCUAUGGCGCUGAGGAUCUUAUCUCGCUCGCCGAACUUUGUUCGCGUGCACUCAAUUUCAUCACUUUUGCCGGGCGGCUUUUGCGAGACGACUUGAUACAUGGUGCAAAAGCCCACGAAACAACAUUUCCUGAGUCGCUCGUGGACAAUAUGGUGCGAUCUUGGACUUUCGCCGCGCUUGAGCAAGUGCUACAAGAAACAUCUACUUCUUCUUUGCCAAAUUCGGGAUCUCGCAAGAAUACGUCUAGCAGCUCGUCGGGUAAAAUGAAGUCAUACGGAAGCCGUGGUAAAGAGCAGAAAAGCCGUGCUGGUGAUCCGAAGUCUAUGGUUCAUCCGUCUCGCUCGACGUCUUUGAACCACGGGCGCUCAGGUGCCUUGGAUCCUCCAUAUGCUCAGCCGAUAGCGAGUGCUCAAGUUGUAUUUGAAAAUGGCCAGUAUCAGGAUCGCCCGGCUCCAAGUCAAGAGAACUUCUCACCUCAGGCUAAGAAUGGUUUACACGACUUGGCUGGUACAAGAGCGCAAUUGCUUGCUAUCCAGCGACGGCUUCUCGAACAUGUCGGUAGAUCUUUGGGUUGGAGCAUCGGUUGGGCAGCUAUUCUUCCCUCUUCGACUCAGACGAAAGAGUUGAGUGACGUGGAUUUAGACGAUGAAGAGGGCAAAGUCUCCGAGGAUGGGAGUGAGGACACAGAGAAAGACGAAGUCCUUAUGGGGCCUGUUGCUGGAGUUUCGGCAGUUGCUCUGGUUGGCGCAAUCUCCUCAAUCGAGCAGUUCCGACGGGCCUACGAGUCACUGAGCGACCUCAUCUAUCAGCACUACAAGGUAGCAGGUCACAUUAAAUCGGAAGAAAGCGUACUUGGCGAUCUGGCUGCGCUACGAUUUGAGCUUGGCGACUUUGCUGCAGCGGCAGCCUACUUCGGGCGCAUGGCUUCGAUAUUCGCAGAAACCAGAUGGAACACUGUUGAGACCACCAUGUUGAGGAUGUACGCCCAUUGUCUUAAAAAGCUCAACCGCAAGGACGAAUACGUUCGGACAUUGCUAGACUUGCUGGCCAAGUCUGCUGCAAGCAGGAUGUCUUUCAGAACUUCUUCCAAACGAGCCAGCGCCAGCGAGAUAACUGACAUGCCCCAUGACUGGUUGAAUGACGAUAAAGUCGACACGACUGGCGUGUUGAAGGAAAUCGUUGACUACUCACAACAGCUCCCUUACGAUGUAACGAUUCAAAUGGCGAAAUACUUUAGUGACAUCACAGUGGAACCAUACGUGCGCCACUACGACGAUAAAGAUGGGUUUCAAUUGCGCCUUCAGUUCCGGCAUAUUCUUGAUGAUGAGAUAGAAAUCCGAGCGGCCAAAGUUCGACUAGUCAGUGCAAACCCUAUACAGGGAAAAGAUAUUUGGCUCGAGAGUAUGGGUCCCGUACAGUUGAAGAAGGGAUUAUAUCGCAUAUGGCUAGGUUGCAACAUCAACACCAUCGGUCCAUAUACGAUUGACAAAAUCGUUCUCGAAACCAAUCGGAUCGUGUUUGCGCAUGAGCCCUUUGCCAAAAUUGAAGUGACGACGCCUCUAGGUAUCGUUACUCCGGUAUCCGCACAGUCGCUUAAAGCAGCAAAGAAAUCCAGGAUAUUGUGUUUCCCACGCACCGAAGCGUUCCAAGCUCGAGCCUACCUAUCGCACUUUAUCCAAAUCGAUAAGCUACGGCAUAUAGAGGUCAAGUGUUCUAGCGGAUGGAACAAUAUCAACCGUGCAGAGAUCCGUUUGAAAUCCGCAUCGGCUGGGUUGCGAUUGCGAACAGCCAACGCAAGCACAGCCUCGGGAGAUGUUGUAAUUGACGACGACAAGCCUAGUCCUGGCGUUAUUGUCGUAGGAACUAUGGCUGCCGACUCAACUGCUGUUUUCAAAGUUCCAUACGAUAUGGAAACUGACCUGCAAGAUCUUGCUAUCAAAGUCGAGGUAGACUACCACACUGACAACGGUCAGUUUCAGUAUUACUCGUCUUUCACAAUCCCGGUUGAGCUUCCCCUGGAUGUGAACGUACACGAUCAUUUCAAGGACGAGUCUCUCUUCUCGAAGUUCAACAUCAAGACUGCGAACCAGAUUCCAUUAGAGCUUCUCGAUGUAACACUUCAAGGUUCAGAAGAUUUUGAAGUUCACGCACCGAGAAGAUCGAAGGAACCAAUCUACGUGUUUCCUAAGCAGCCAGCGGCAGUCACUUACAAAAUUACAAAGACGGCUACCGACGCGUCUGAGCAGACACCAGCUCAACAAUCCAAGGCCGGCAGCUUGUCUUUAUCUGUGGAAUAUCGACGUCUGGACGAAGACGUACUGGAUCGACUGCGAGAGCUAUUCACGAAUGCCGUCGAGGACAGCCCGGUUCGACGUCUAUCCCGUUUACUUAUUGAUACGUUCGUCAACGGACUGAUACACCAAGUUUUGCCAUAUCAGUUCGAACAAAUUGCUCUUCUUGAUAGAGUUGAUCUGGGUGCAUUUGAGAAUUUGGGCUGGUCAGAGUGCCUUGAGAGUCUACCGCACAUCAUACGCGAUGACACACAAACCUGGUUACAGAAAUGGCAGGAGACCCACAAAACCAUUCUCCUCCCCAAAGCGCCCUUCCCCGAGACCCCUCUACCAGCCUCUGCGCCCCUAUCGCCGUAUCCACCUCGUCGCAUGAUAAUAACAGUAGCCAUUCCACAAACACACAUCUUGCACACCGCAUCACUAUCCCUCGCUUCUCCCUCUCCAGCGAGUAGUAUCGCGAUUGUCGGUCAGCCCCUUAUGACGACCAUCCGAAUCUCCCACACCCGCCGCUGGGCCUUAGCCCAAAGUCUUGUCUCAGUAGCAAACCUCUCCUCCGCGGACGACGCAAUGGAUUUCGUCUACACCAUUGACGCCAACCCCGAAACCUGGCUCAUCGCCGGCCAACGUAAAUCCCACUUCUCCGCCAAGGAGGAUGAGCAGCUCGAGUACCCCAUCGUUCUCAUUCCUCUCAAGCCUGGUAUUGCGCUGUUGCCACACGUUGAGAUUCGUGCGAAGGUGAAGCCGAAGGAGGCGGGCCAGGAGAAGACAGGCGGCGAUGCCGGGGAGUUAGAGGUGCUUAAUUGCGAGAUGGAUUACUUGAGUUAUGGGGAAAGUGUCAUGGUCGUUCCAGAUGUAAGAAGUAGUACAGUGGGGAUAGGAGACAUGGGAUUGGGCGGCACAAAAAGUGUAGUCUGGUUAGAGAGUACAGAGGUGUGAUCGUGUGGAAGAUAUUUCAAAUUGAUACUUGUAUAUCGCAUUUGAAAAAGAAGGUUUCAAUAUUUACUGAAUGGAAGGUGACACCAUUCUAU